AUGACGAAGCGGAAAAGUGCGUUGAGUGCGCUGAAGCCGACGAAAAAACAGGUCAUCAGCUCGGAGGAUUCGGAUCCCGAAGUCGUUGUGGUCACCAACCCUCCUCUGGACUCUCCGGAUGCAGAGGAGUCGUUCAUCAGCAUCACCGAAGAAGAUGAGGCCGUCAGACAGCUCAGCACUUUUGAUUUCAGUGCAAAGAACACCAAGGUGGUACGAGAUGAGACUCGCGGUCGAUCGCGAGUUUUCCACGGCAUGAAAUUCAAAGAAACCAUCGUUCUACGGGGAGCCUAUGUAGUCACGGUGUGGAGUGGAGUUAUCCAUAUCAACGGAGCUCUGGUGAACAUCAACUCUCCGGUCGAUAUUCCCGUGUUUGCGCCCGCGUCUCACGCUCUUCCUCAAAUCGAGGCUGCUGCUGGAGCUCCCGAAACUCGAGAAUCGGGGGACGAAGACGUCAUGGAGGCAUUGCAUCAAUUGGAGGGAUCCUCGGUCAUUGUGGAGAUCGCAGCAAUGCCGCGACGGUCAGAAAACCCGUUGAUUACGGUCAGCAACUUUGGGAAGAUGUCCUCGGGCAACAUUGUGCCGUUUGUGCGUCAAUUGUGGCACUGCUCUGAGGAUGACGGCAGCAACUACAGCAGAAUCUACAACACAGCCAGUGUAGUGACGAAAUCGCAGGCAGCGGUCAUUCCCGGCAUCUAUGACGAAUGGGCCGAAGUGUGUGACGACAUUCGGCGACUCAAGCACUCCUCCACCAUGGUAGUGGGCUCUCAAAACACCGGCAAGUCCACCUUUUGUAAAUACUUGAGUGCGUUCAUGACCACCAAAAAGACCGGCACCUCUGUGGCGUUUGUGGAUCUAGAUCCUAGCAAUUGCGAGUUCACUGCCCCCGGUCAGGUGUCUGUGACUGUUAUUGGCGCAGGUCACCUUAGUCCCUAUUCCAUUCUGGGACCCUCCUUCACACACGUUACAGCCCCCACCUACAGUCGGUUUGUGGGUUACAACAACCCCAAAGAUGACACCAGGGGGUACAUUGAGGCGUGUAAGGCAGUUAUCGACUUCGCCAAGGGUCUCAAGCUGCCCCUGGUGUUCAAUACCUGCGGCUGGGUGCGUGCUGCGGGACACGAUCUUCUGCGACAGCUCAUAGAUCAUGUGAAACCGUCAGACGUGGUGUUUACACGUGAUCCCGGCGUCGACGCCGACCAGGCGCGACUGGCUGAAUCCGUCAAGGCCCGAUCGCACGUUCUCGAUGCUCCAGAUGCAGAGCCUCCACGUUUCACAGGUGCAGAACAACACUCGCUCCAGACUGUCACGUAUCUGCACGGAGGCAAUCUUGCGUCUCAUUUGAGCGACCUCCCGGCCCUCGAGGUGGGUCUGGAGUCUGUUUACGUUGGUAUUCUCGACUCUGAGGGCGUUGAUCUGGCCGAUGUGGCACUGUCUACCAACUCCACUCUUUUGGCCGUCAUGACGAUGGACAAGAAGACCGUCAAGCACGCGGAAAUCACCCCCGACGGACUCCAGUACCUGCCCAACUUUGACAUUCCGCAGGGCGAGUGUCUUGGACAGGCCAUGGUGCAAUUUGCAGGAGCUAGCGUCCGUUUGCAUACCCCUGUAUCAGCAUCUCUGCUCAACGCGCAGCUUGCAGCCGAUAAGGCCAUUGUGCUGGUCCGAGGACGUAUUCCCCUGCCUGUCUACGAGCUGUGGGACUCUCGAAAGGGUGGAGAACAGGCCUACGUCUCUUUCGACGUGAACAGCGGAGUUGGUUCCGAGGCUUGGGUAGCUAGACGUGGACUUAAGCGCAAGUGA